CUACAACGUGUCCUUCACUGGCUCACGUUAGCAAAAAAGAUUCAAUUUUUACCAAAUAGUAUCUUAAGAUCACAACAAAGAUGCAAGAUACAUUUCUACAAGUAUUUGUCAUUGCUCUGGGCCUCCUAAUGUACCCAAACAGUGACUACAAUCUUAAUGAUUUAGAUGAUGCCUUAACAGCUGGAAUGCAAGACCGUGAGCAAUUACUGUUAAUGGAAAAAGAGAAAAUCAACCAGGAAAUAGCACUGAGUUACCAAGUGCUGCAAGAAGAGACCAAUACAGCAGAAAUGUUGGAGAUAAAUUUGAAGAAUGACAAAAUGCAGAAACGCCUGGAUGGUCAAGUAGAUGCUCAAUCAUGGCCUAACCAAGAUAACCACUUAAAAGUAUUACCAAGUGUAAAAUCAACUGACAAAGAAACUACAUCUCAAACAUCUGAUGUGGACAAGGAUUACAUUUGGAUUUUGUGGAAAACACUCUCAAUCUUUUCAUCCAUCUAUUUUGCCAGGAAAUACAGACAAAGACAUUCCCAAGUGACCUCAAAUGUAACAAAAACAAGCUUUCCGGCAAAUGCAGCUGAAUAUAUGGCAGUAUUAGACAGUACAACACUGGAGAACUUUUAUUUUCAGUGUAUACAACCUGGCUCUAUUAAAAGGCACAGAGAAGAGGAGUUUUUGGAUGGAUUUGUGAGUGAUCUACUCAAAUCUAUGAAGAACGUUUGUAGCCAAGUUGGCGGCAUAGCAAUUGGGACAGCAGAUUUGGAAGAUUUGCAUAAUGUUGUUGUUCCUCUCAAUCCCCCUGAGUCAUAUAUUUUUAAAUGUUUGUUCAGUAACAAAGUAGAUGAUGCGUUGCCAGAUAUGUACAUUUGUGGGCAGAUAGAGCUAAUGAAAAAUGCGCAAAUUCAACAUUGCUGCCCAUGUCAGGUUUCAGAUGCAGCAGAUAUCGUGUGCCUUCUUCACAACGGGAGUGACAAGAUAAAGAUAAGAAAAGUGACUGACUUUGAUGAACAGUUUUGCAAAAAAGGGUCAAACUAUCUGUCAAAAGGAAAAGUGAACAAGUGGUUUCAUAGCACACUGAGACAAGCGUGGUCACUUAUAGCAUUCAAGUAUGAGUUUGAGGUCUGCAUUAAUAGUAGUAACAUUCCCGGAGCAGUUAAAGUUCAAUUUAGAAGUGGUGAAAAAAUAAGUUUCACCAUGAGUCCAGUUAUUAGAUUUGACAGUCAUUCAUAUUUUUUCAUCACAACUUCUUUGAAAAACUUGGACACUUCUUGGUCUCUAUCCUUGUCCAAAUAUGAAGAUACUUUUUUGCGUCAGAUUGCUAAAGUUCUGCCCCAAAAUUCUUGCCACAUGCAAACUCUAGAAAUCAUCCUUUUUCUACACAAGAAACAGACACUGCUAACAGGAAGCAGUGACCUCAAAGAUUUGCAUUUCAAAACUGCCCUGAUGCAUCUGCUGUUGACCAAGGUGCCUUAUGAGUGGAGACCUGCCUUUUUAGCAAAUAGAUUACAAGACCUUUUGAACCUUAUGAUGUGCAGCCUAAAAGCAAAACAACUGCACCAUGUCCUAAUAGGAAAUCCUCGAGCUAAAACAACAAUCCAACUCCCAGUUUAUUUAGUAAAGUCAAACCGUGUGAAUCUCUUCAAUCCUCUGGUGGUGCACAGGUGCAUCUACAAAAAUGCUAUGAUGCAUGUCAUGGAAUUGCUAAAAAAUGCCCCAAUUUUGAUAAAAGACUACCUUGGUCAAAAUAAAUAAAUUAGUAAGCCAUUCAAAUGUGGAUGUUUGACAGAAUGUUUAACAGUCAGACCUUUUCGUAUACAUCUACCCCCUAGAGGAACAGGAAUAAUUUCUACAUUGUCAGUUCAAAAUAGUUAAACACUGCAAAAAAAAAGCAAGUCAUCUGCACAAUUCCAUGGAAAUAGAAAGUUACAACCAUACUUUGUAACAUUCAAGGAGAUAUGUUUUAUGCCAUACUCCGUAAUAGCCAAAUGAACAUUAUAGUGUAGACAGGCAGGAGUCUCCACACAAUUUAGGUUUAUGGAGAUGCAUGUACACACACAGUAAGUGCAAAAGCUUUUUUAGACUGAAAAUUAAAGCUUUCUGUUCCAUUUUUCUUUUUGGUUAAAAUGCAUGUGGUGGGGCUUUAAUUUGUAUGAAGGUAUAAACAAGAGCACUCAUGCCAUUGCCUGUAUACCUCGUGUAUAGCUACUGUGUGGAA